AAUUUUAACCAAGUGGUUCAACAUGGCCUAUUACCAAAUAGUCUCACAAAACUCACAUUCGGUUAUUGUUUUAACCAAGUAGUUCUACCUGGCACAUUGCCAAAUGGUCUUACAACACUCACAUUCGGUAAUGAUUUUAACCAAGUAGUUCUACCCAACACACUGCCAAAUAGUCUUAUUACACUCACAUUCGGUAGUAAUUUUAACAAAGUAGUUCUACCCGGAUCACUACCAAAUAGUCUUACUUCACUCACAUUCGGUUGUUAUUUUAACAAAGAGGUUCCACCCGGCACAUUACCAAAUAGUCUCACAACACUCAUAUUUGGUUCCUCAUUUAACCAAAAGUUCCACCCGGGCACAUUACCUAAUAGUAUCACAGCUCUCAUAUUUGGUCAUAAUUUUAACCAAGUAAUUCUACCUGGCACAUUGCCAAAUAGUCUCACAUCACUCAAAUUCGGUAGUUAUUUUAACCAAGAGGUUCCACCUGGUACAUUACCAAAUAGUCUUACUACACUCACACUCAGUGAUAAUUUUAACCAAGUAAUUCUACCCGGCUCAUUACCAAAUAGUCUCACUUCACUCAGAUUCGGUUUUUAUUUUAACCAAGAGGUUCUACCUGGCACAUUACCAAAUAGUCUCACAACACUCAAAUUUGGUGAUAAUUUUAACCAAGAAGUUCUACCCGGCACAUUACCAAAUGGUCUCACAACGCUCACACUCGGUGAUAAUUUUAACCAAGUAGUUCUACCCGGCACAUUUCCAAAUAAUCUUACUACACUCACAUUCGGUCAUAGUUUUAACCAAGUAUCUCCACCCGACUUAUUUCCAAAAAGUCUCACAACAUUCACAUUCGGUCGUGUCUUUAACCAAGAAUUUCUACCUGGCCUAUUACCAAAUAGU